AUGAAGAAAAAAAGUUUAAAAUCCGACCCCCAGGUGCUAUGCACCAAGCUCGAUGGAUGGCUAGAGCUAUCUACAUAUUCUUUAAAAAUAGUGUUACUUAGCUCUCAAUUUAAAAUUAAUAGUAAAGAUAAGAACGCUCUUUUGGACGUCUGCCUGUUCAUCGUUUCAUCCUAUGUCAAGCCAUGGAUGCAGUGUAUUUCGGCAGUCAAAGCACCGUACCAAGAUUUGUCAUUUUUGAAAGCCAUGAGAGCUUACGAAAAUAUUGAUAAAAAUAUAUCAAAAGCAGUAUUGAAGAAGUUUACUCAGCAUUUAUGGUAUUUGAUCGAGGAAGUAUCUAUGUUAUCGCUUUUUGACGACGAGGUGAGCCAAGAAAGUAAGGAAAACAUUAUAUCAAACUUAUCUAAAGAUAGUAUCUCGUCUCAAGAAAAACGCUAUAUACCAUCAAAAGAAGAUUUAAGCGGAAUAUUGUAUGAGAAAAACAUAGAAGAUUUUAUAUCGUCUUCAAGUAAGUCUUUGUUCUCUCGUCUGAAAAUUGAUGAUAGUUUUCUCCAAGAAAGUCCUGCUUCGUGGUCUAAUAAUUCUUCGUAUCUUGAAGCAAAAGUGAAACUAUCAACACUGAAAACAGUGAAUGACACUGCUGAAAGGGCAGUUAAGUUGAUGCAAGACUUUCACGGGCUAAUCACGAUUGAAGAGGAACAAAAGCAAUUUUUGUUACGUUUUGUACAAGAACAUCGUAAAAUUUACCCUGAUUGCAAAAAAAAAAAAACUUUAAAAAGAAAGUAUAUAGAAGAUCCUUGA